AUGAGCUCAAACCUCGUGCCACCACAAGUGUUUGUUGAUACUCCACGUCCACAUAACCAAGGCUCGAGUGCAGACGACUUCAAUGGUCUCAUCUCAGUCUCUCUCUCAAACUUUGUCGGCCAAAGACCGAAAAGUCCAAAACCAAGAAAGAGUCCAUCACCACGAGUCAGCCCAAUGGCGAGUCCAAGAAUGAAGAAGAAGUAA